AUGCGCCAUUCGGCCAACCGUACCAAGACCGGCCAGUACCUGGAGGCCAUCCUACAGUCCCACCAACUCGAAACGGGCACCUCCUUUCCCCUUCUUCAACAAGAACCCACCAACACCGGGAUCCUUGCCUCCGAAACAUGGCUCAAACGGGUUUGGAUCGAGCUCGACUCAUUGGGCAUCAGAGUCGAGAUCUCCUCCCCUCCCUUGUCCCUACACUGUGCCAACGAUCGUCUCUUGAUGGACAUCUUCAUCGAUGCCUUGGUCGACCAAGAGGACUUGCUGUGGCUCAACUGGUGCCGCCAAUAUCUCCAAGUCACCACCCUCUCGGAACUCACCACCGCCGACGGGUGUUCCCUGACGGCAGCUUCUCUUGCCGGCCAACCCUCCGGACACUUUGUGACCAGCUACAAUUGGCCCCGAACCCGACGCCCUGGCCCCUCUCACUGGGACCUAUGCCUCUCUCAAGCUGUCCUCCGCCCCUACAGCCGCCGUCGCCAAUUGUUGCAGCCCCUCGGACCGUGGUCUGAUUCCCUGGACCGCUGGACCUGGCUCUUCUCUCGCACCGCUUUGAUCCUCUUCCAUCGGACGGACACCAACCUGGUAAUCUACCGACCCAUCAACUCGCGUUCACAUAAGACCUUCCGAAGGGAUCUUCACCACACCUGGACGGGCACCCUUCCCGGGGACGUUCAAAGGGCAUCAGUCAACCUUCACCCACGGACAGCCUACGUCACUGUCACGGGCACAGCCCCUGUAGAUCCACCAGACCAGGAGUCCUUGCCAGCCUCGAUCCUUCACAUAUGGAGGGAAUUGGCAGCCGACAUGGACGACGAUUGGGGAUGGGUUCCGGAAUACAUCUACAUUGAGGGUGACGAACAAGUCCUACUGGAGGCACUGGAGAAGGGAAAGCUACGGGUGAUCAGCGAUGGCUCCUUCAAGCAACAAGUGGGCACAGCCGCUGUCCAGCUACGAACUAGACGGGGAGGGCACGGCAUCUGGAUCAAGUGCCAUACACCCGGUAAACGAGAGGAUCAGAGUGCGUACCAGAGUGAACUUCUCGGUCUGUUAGCUGGUAUCUUGGUGGCUUCUUGGCUCCGCCUACGCCUACAGUCCCUCGCCAAGCCACGAGUCCGUGUGGUGUGUGAUGGGAUUGCCGCGCUUUGCCAGGCCUUCUCAACUUGGCCGCUGUCUCCCACCGCCCCUCCCUUCGAUCUCUUGUCCUCCAUCCGCGAGGCCCUCCGAAUGUCUUGGUGGGAACGACGGAACUCCGAGGUGGACGACAUUGCCCAGGGCUACACCAACGAGCUGAUCGCCACCGACGACACGAUCGCCACCAAUCCCAAGUUCUUCUCCGAACCCUGUGCGAUCUACAUCGACAACGAGAAGGUCUCCUGCCUGGCCUUGGAAUCGGUGGACGAAGCCGUUGUCCUGCCGGAAUUGAUGGAAUACUGGGCAGCCAAAGGCCGCCUCGCUCCCAAACACUUCCGAUCGGUGGACUGGCCGAUAGUGCACCGAGCGAUGAAGUCUCUGAAGCCCGCCGAACAGCGCUUCAUCACAAAACACACCGUUGGGAUGUGCGGUGUCGGCAAGUUCCGUAAACGAUGGGGCCUCGACUCCAAGAACCGAUGCCCCUUGUGCGGCCUGGAGGAAGACCACCUACACGUCCCCCGCUGCCCUUCCGACCGGGCCAAGACCCAGUGGCAGCUCCUACUCCAAGAACUCCAAGAAUGGUUCCAGUCCACCACCACUGCUACACCCAUUGCCCAAUUCCUUGGGGCCCUUCUUCGCACCAUCCGCACCCCUAACAACCAGCCUCAAACAGAGACUCCGUGGUACCGCCUACACGGACUGUCUUCUUCUGCCCUCACCCAAGUCUGUGAGGCUCAACUCCGCCUUGGCCCCCAAUGUCUCCUCGAAGGCCUUCUCGUCCACGGCUGGGCCAACCUUCAGCAACAAUUCUACCGCUCCCGCGGUAGUCGCCGAUCCGGUAACCGCUAG